GAAAAAGCUAGCUUGGGCGACAAGGCUCUGAGAAGGCGUCCGACAGUGGAGGUAAAAGGUCGCAUUGGGUGUAGAAUAAUGGUGGGCGGUCUAUAUCUGCGCGGGGGGGAGGAGGAUGUUCUGGGUAGGGUAUAAUAACGCGAGUUCCCAUUUGAGUGGGUUGGGAGGAUCAAGAAUGCCUCGUCAUUCUUCUCGUUCUCUCACUCCAAGUGCCUUAUCUUAUUAAGCUUACCCGGUAUCUAGUUUCCACAAAGAUGGAUGCCCAAGUCCCGCAGAUGAUCAGACAAGAGGUUGAUAAUUACAGGCUAGAAUGGGAGAAACUCCGUGACUACCUUUAUGCUUUGUUUCCAGAGUACACCGAAUACAUCGAACUUGAGACACAUAGAAACGACGUCUAUAUCGCCUGGAUCCCCAAUGAAUUGACACCAACCGAGAUGAACCAUAUUUACACCAAUCUCAGGACGCGCAGGAAGAGGAUUCGGUAA